CGCUGUUGUGCAGAGCGGAUUCUGAGCUGAAGACGCUGUCCAGCGGCCCGUGACGCUGUGCAUCCGUGUGAUCAGUGUCAUGAGUGUCACAGGCAUCGUCGACGGCCCGUGCCAACCCCGAGCCCUGACCAAGCGCAGCUCGGGCAACGCCGACUGGAAAGCGGGCCCCGCGACUCGUCAUCAGAUGCCCUGCUACGAGGAUGGACGCCGCCACUCACCUGCCCGAGUCGAAAUGCUGAGGAACUUGGACGCGGUGCCCUAUACUGACCACGGUCUGCGCUCUGAGGUAGACCGUCUGCUACGCUUGCCACUGCUCAUGGGCCUGCCAUCGGGACCUGUUUUCCGAGGUACUCCGAGGCUAGGAACUUAUGUUCCACGCCACAGGACCUGUUUCACGCCUCCGGGACCUGUUUUCCGAGGUUCGCAGGUGACACCUGUAAGCGAAGCGCCAGCAACGAGCCAGGCCGCAGUGAACGCCCCUCAACGACUGUCAAGGACUGCAUCCGGGGCGCCAACGAGAAUGGCGACGAGCUCGAGUUUGGGUCAACCUUCUGCGCCGUCUUUUGAUGGUUGCGCCUUUUGCCGCACAAACGGAGAGCGCCGCUCCUUCUACUUGAACCAUACCCUGCGUGAAGACAGCGGCCCUGGGUUAAGGGGUCGCGUCACCUGUCCCGUGCUGAGGAACUACCAGUGUCCCCAGUGCGGAUGUCCGGGAGGAGAUGAAGCGCACACGCUGCGUUACUGUCCGCUGAAUCGGGACUACCUGCCCCCCUCGGUGUACAAGACGCCGCGGAAGUCGAACGGACAGCCCCGCAGGCGACCACGCGGGCCUCAGCCACGGCGCUGAGGUUCCGACGGCACGCUGUACAAACCACAGGCGCCGCAAAUUUGCGUCAUGAGUCCGCAAACGCGACAAAGCUUUCAUAGCGAGAAGCGAUGGAGCAGCGAGCAGUGGCAUUAAAUUAUAACGCUGGCGAGUAGCCAGGGACGACGCGAGCACAUGGCACACAGUGAGUCAGGGGUCUUAAGUUCUUUAUGUAUAGCUUUUUGAGAGCAUUAUUUCUAUUUAGUUCGGUGCGCCAUUUGACACCGUCAAGCAGUCUCGAGAAAAAGAAGUAUUGUCCAUAAAUGCGUGUUUACUGCAGCCCUGGCUGCCGCACUCAGGGCGUUCAUGCAGUGAAGCAUGACAUAUUUAUGUUGCUGAUAACUGGUGGUUCUCAAUGGAGGAUAGAUGAAAAUGAGCGAUGUGGUCACGCAUAAAUGAGAAACGGCGGCAUGCCAUAUAUGGAUUAAACGACGUUGUAGUGUUGUCUGCCGUUACGUUGAGAACGCAGCAAUAAUCUUCUUUAUUAGGUGUGGGUUUUGUUCAUGCCCACCACCAUGUCCGAGAAAUCGUAGUUUCUUUGCAUCAAGCUACGCCGCCACAAUGGCGAGGCCCGGAACUGGAGCGGGUGGCAUUGCAUGAAAUCACGGUGAAAUUUCACGUAAUCAGCAGCAGUACCACAGAAGGAACGGCGCUUCAAUUACAUCGUAUAUGUGAAACCACCCUAUAGUAUAAGUGGUGGUUUAGUUAUCAUUAAUCAUUACAUUCGCGUGUAGUGCAAUUAUGUGGACUAGCGCGUAUUUGUCACAGGAAAAGGAGCGGUUACUAUUAAUUAAAUGUAACGUCAUGCAAUAACUCUAUUGAAUUGAAGGAAUGCGUUGACAGGAUCGCGCAUUAUUGCAUGAAAAAUGAUCUAGCCGUGAGCUGAAAGAAAGCAGCUCCGUUGUUUCCAGCCCUGGGAGCUGCGUUGUUUGUGUCAAAAUGAAAUGUUUGUAGGUUGUCACUUCGAUCAUGCGCAUGAUGCGUGGCCAUAAUAUGCAAGUGUUACGCGGUUUCCUUUUUAUUCAAAGUACACAACAUUAAAUGGCUGGCUCAGUAGCUCGGCA